AUGAAUUCCAUUCGAGCCCUUCUUUCAUGUGUUACUAAUUUGGGUGGGUCUUUACAACUAGAUGUGAAGAAUGCAUUUCUCUAUGUUGUAACAGGGAAUGAUAAGGAAGAAGUGACAUAUCUUAAGAUUCAGUUGGCCAAGGAGUUUGAGAUCAAAUAUCUUAAUCCAUUGAGGUACUUUUUUGGGAUUGAAGUUGUCAGAUCUGAUAAAGGCAUCUCUAUUUCUCAAAUGAAGUACAUUCUUGAUCUUCUUGAGGAAACUAGCAUGUUGGGCUGUAGACUUGCUGAUUCGCCUAUUGAAGCCAAUUAUCAUCUUUACAAUGGUAUUGGUAAGCUUGUGGAGAAGGAAAGAUACCAGAGACUUGUGGGAAGGCUUAUAUAUCUAUCUCACACUUGGCCAGAUCUUGCCUAUGUAGUUGGGGUCGUAAGUCAGUUUAUGCAUGAUCCUUAUACAACACAUUUGGAUGUUGUAUAUCGCAUUUUGAGGUAUUUUAAAUUAGCUUCGGGAAAAGGAAUUUUGUUCUCUAAUCAUGGCCACUUAAGGUUGGAGACAUUUACAGAUGCAAAUCAGGCAAGUUCUGUGGAUGACUGA